GUGGAGGAAUGUGCGGAAACUUCUUGUCCACUUUUCUUUCUGCGUUCGCGUUCGUCGAAGAAGGAAAAAAAAAUAACUUCUAAAGCUGGAAAGAAGUGAAGACAAAGUGGAGUAAAGUGUGGAAGCGAAGAGCCGAGCCGAACCCAACAUGGCCGCUCAGACCGUGUUCUCCUUCCCUGCUGGCGUUCCUCUGGAGGAGGCGCCCAGCGACGCGCUGCCCGCCCCUCAGCUGGUGAUGCUGGCCAACGUGGCGGCAACCGAGGGCGCCGGCGGUGACGGCAGCGCAGCGGACGAGAAGGAGAUGAUGGAGCUGAAGACGGUGGGAUGCAGCUACUCAGACAGCGAGGAGGAGGAGGAGGAGAACAUCAUCAGGUACAGCUACGACAACCAGAACUACCGAGAGGUGUGCAUCAUCGAGUACCCCGAGUCUCCCGGCCCGAACAUCGUCGCCGUCGUCGUUGGCAACGGCGCCGAGGACGGUGAAGAUAGCGAUGGAGACGACGACGAUGAUGAUGAUGAAGAAGACAAAGCUGAAGACUUGUCCCGCCGCGCUCGGCCACGCCCUUCCUCUGACGUCACCAAAGCCCCCGAGCAGGAAGUCAAACGUAAACACAGCCCAGUCGCCGUCGCCACGGCCACCGCCGCCGCUGCUGCUGUUGCCACGGAGACGGCCAAGAAGAAGAAGCCGUUCCACUGCAAGCCGUGUCACUUCCAGGCGCAGAGCGAGCGCGAGUUCGUGGAGCACCUCGGCACGCACAGCGUCAGCAAGAUGGCCGUGGUGAACCGCGUGGAGGGGCGGAGCCGGGCGCGGGCCAAUCAGGACGCGGCGGCCCGGGGAACGCCAGGCGGUGGCGGCGAGGCGGAGAACAGCGGUGGCGAGGAGGAGGAGGAGGGGGGGGGCAGCGGCGGCGGCGGAGGGGAUGUUAAAGGGCUGAUCAGGUGCGAGCGCUGCGGCUACAACACCAACAGAUACGACCAUUACAUCGCUCACCUGAAGCACCACAGCAAGGAGGGAGACGACCACAGGGUAUUUAAGUGUACCCUGUGUCCGUACACCACGGUGAGCCAGUACCACUGGAGGAAACACCUGAGGAACCACUUCCCCAGCAAACUGCACACCUGCAGCCAGUGCUCCUACUUCUCUGAUCGCAAGAGCAACUACGUGCAACACAUCCGCACACACACAGGUGUGCGUCCGUUCCAGUGUCCGUACUGCGACUACUCCAGCUCUCAGAAGACCCACCUGACCCGACACAUGAGAACGCACUCUGGUGAGCGGCCUUUCAAGUGUGAGAGCUGUAACUACCUGGCAGCCAAUCAGCACGAGGUGACGCGCCACGCCCGGCAGGUGCACAACGGGCCCAAACCCCUGUCGUGUCCGUACUGCGAGUACAAGACGGCCGAUCGCAGUAACUUCAAGAAGCACGUGGAGCUGCACCUGAACCCUCGCCAGUUCCUGUGUCCGCUCUGCAAGUACGCGGCCUCCAAGAAGUGCAACCUGCAGUACCACAUCAAGUCCCGGCACGCCGGCUGCAGCGUGGCCGCCGUGGACAUCUCCAAGGUCAGGCUCCGGGUCAAGAAACCAGAGAGCUCCGACGGAGCCGAGGACACCUUCGCAGAGAGCAAGGCCAGCGAGUCCUCCGGUGGAGAGCGCUACGCGGAGGACUCUGACGUGGACGAAGACGACAGUUUGGACUCGAGUCCGAUCAACCUGUCGAUCAGAAAGAGCGGCCGGCUGAGCGGCGCCGAAACGGAGACGCAGAGCCAGGCGCCGGACAGAGCUCCGCGGAAAUCCACCGGCGAGAGAGAGACGCUUCAGAAAGUUAAAGUGGAACCGGAGAAGAAAGUCCCAACGAGGCAGAAGAAGACGUACGGGAACCUUCCAGAGACGGAGACGGGGAACGUGACCACGGAGAAGGUGAAGAGACGAGUCAAGAAAACGGAAGAAUCAGAGAAGGGGCGAACGGAGGUGGAGAAAAGCCAGCGGAGGAGAUCAGAGGAGCAAAGGAACUCCGGUCAGAAAGAAGAGAAAAAGACGAAGCCCGAGAAGGAACCGAAGAAGAACGACAGCAGCGGGAAGGAGAACAAAAGCCUCAACAAGCCGAGGAAGUCUGGGGACAAGAAGUCGGAGAAAACUGCACAACGUAUCGAAGAAGAGGCUCCGCAGAAACCAGACUCUCUCCAGAAACUAGACUCUCUGCAGAAACCUGAUUCACUGCAGAAACCAGACUCUCUACAGAAACUAGACUCUCUCCAGAAACCCAAUGCACCGCAAAAACCAGACCCUCUGCAGAAACCAGACUCUCUCCGGAAACCAGACUCUCUCCAGAAACUAGACUCUCUCCAGAAACUAGACUCUCUCCAGAAACCCAAUGCACCGCAAAAACCAGACUCUCUGCAGAAACCAGACUCUCUGCAGAAACCAGACUCUCUGCAGAAACCAGACUCUCUGCGGAAACCAGACUCUCUCCAGAAACCAGAAUCUCUCCAGAAACCAGACUCUCUCCAGAAACCAGACUCUCUCCAGAAACCAGACUCUCUCCAGAAACCAGACUCUCUCCAGAAACCAGACUCUCUACAGAAACCAGACUCUCUCCAGAAACCAGAAUCUCUGCAGAAACGGCCAAAGGAAAAAGCUGCGAAGCGGAAAGCGACAGAAGCUCUCGAUCUUUCCCAGAAGUCUUCGGCCGAGACUCCGCCGAAGGCCAGACGGCUGAAAGUUCCCGCUGAGAAAGACCCAAACAAGAUUCAGGAUUCUUCUCCUCCUUCUCCUUCUCCGAGUCCGGCGAAGCCGAAGAAAACCCGUAGCGCCAGAAAGAAAGCUACGGAGCCCCUCAAACUCUCGGAGAAGAUGGAAGUUAAACUCUCGGAGAAGAUGGAAGUUAAACUCUCGGAGAAGAUGGAAGUUAAACUCUCGGAGAAGAUGGAAGUUAAACUCUCGGAGAAGAUGGAAGUUAAACUCUCGGAGAAGAUGGAAGUUAAACUCUCGGAGAAGAUGGAAGUUAAACUCUCGGAGAAGAUGGAAGUUUCCUCUGCCUGCAGCUCAGAAGAGAAGACGUUGGGCGAGAGAGACGCUCCAGCGCCAGACAAACGGACGCUAACCACGACGAGAACCAGUUCGGCGAUGAAGAAGAAGAAGAUGAAGAAGGAGGCGGCAUCCACAGAUGUAACGACUCAGACGACCAACAUGACCUCGGGGAAGAUGGAGGAUCCCUCCUGCAGCUCAGCCCGGCGGAGCAACAUGGAGGACGACGAGGGCGUCCACAGCAGCCAGGAAGCAGGAAGUGACAUCAGCGACAGCGCCUCCGAGGGCAGCGACGACUCCGGUCUCCACAGCAACGCCACCAACGGGGGGAAGGCGGCCAACGACCCCGAGACCCCCACCCAGGAGAUCCCCACCCCCACCCAGCUCAAGACCCUCCGCUGCAUCUUCUGUGAUCGCACCUUCCUGCUGGAGGCCGAGUACAGGCGCCAUCUUAACCGCCACCUGGCCAACCUGUACUACAGUAAUACACAGUAAUACACAGUACACACACACACACACACACACACACACACACACACACACACACACACACACAGCCAACCUGUACUACAGUAAUACACAGUAAUACACCGUAAUACACAGUAAUACACACACACACACACAGAGCCAACCUGUACUACAGUAAUACACAGUAAUACACAGUAAUACACACACACACACACACACACACACACACACACACACAGCCAACUUGUACUACAGUAAUACACAGUAAUACACCGUAAUACACAGUAAUACACACACACACACACACAGAGCCAACCUGUACUACAGUAAUACACAGUAAUACACA